UGAAUAUGUGGAACUCACAUUGUGUGUUAUCAGUUAUAAUGCUGCUGCUUUAUAUGCGACCCAAUUGGGCAGCUGAUGUUGUGCCAUGUCAACACUCAAGCGAAUCAUCCGAGGAGUGCAGGACGUAUUGCUAUAAAGUCGUGAAGCCUUUAUUGCAGUAUUUUCAUAUAUCCUCCGCUAACCAGGAGCGAUUCCAUAAACAGGAAAUUGCGUACAAGGAGCAACAAACUAAGCUUGCAGAACAACAAGAAGCUCUGAAGAAAAGCGACAAACUCAAGGAUUCUUUAAUUAGUGAAAAGGAUAAACGCAUCGAUGACUUGGGUAAACGCAUUAUAGACUUGGAUAAGAAACUAGGAGCUGGCGUUGAGGCACAAAAGGAAACUUUGAAGAAAAAUGAGCAGCUUCAAGCGAAAGUCAAUGAACUACAAACUCAACUUAAAGUACAGCAAGAAGCUCUGAAGAAAAGCGAGGAACAAGAGAAUUCUUUAUUAAGUGAAAAGGAUAAGCGCAUUGUAGAUUUGGAUAAACGCAUUGCUAACUUAAAAGAGCAAAUGAACGACAUGAAUAAAAAUAAACAAUUCGAAGAUAAACUGAUAAAAUUUGUAGAUCGAGCUGAAUGGACUAGCUUAAUGCCUUAUGGCAAUGAUUUUCAAACGAUAACUCUACCUGGUGCGAAGGCCUUCCAGGUGCCCUUUGUCUCAAAUUUGCCGGGAUGGGUUGUAAUUCAACGCAGGAUGGAUGGCUCCGUGAACUUCAAUCGAACAUGGGAGGAGUACAAAAAUGGAUUUGGUAACCAACGAGGUGAAUUCUGGCUCGGGCUAGAGAAACUUCAUCUGAUGACGAGGUAUUGGCCACACGAGCUCUACAUACAGCUGGAGGAUUUCAACAACGACAAACGAUAUGCCCGCUACAGCAAUUUCAGAAUUGGGAGUGAAGCGGAAUCUUACGCACUAAUAAGUGUGGGAGAAUUUGCUGGAAAUGCUGGAAACGCACUACAAAAUAAUAAAGUCGAGUGGCGCCAUAUUUAUAUGAGAUUUUCAACACCGGACCGUGAUAAUGAUAAUUUUGCUUAUUUUAAUUGUGCUGCUGAUUACGCGAGUGGUUGGUGGUUUAAUAAAUGUUUUAGGUUUAACCCUAAUGGACUUUAUGUGCGCACUAACACUGAUCAACAACAUGAUCAGGCAAUCAGAUGGCUGGAGUGGCAAGAUAGACCACUGAAAUUCGUGCAGAUGAUGAUAAGACCCACCAACAGUUAAAUAAAAAUAUUUCUAAAUAAAUGUCAAGUAUACU